AAGCGCCAACCCAUUCGCAGCGUAACGGGUGUUCGCGGUGCACAAAAAAAGUGCGGAUCAUGGAGUUGGAGACAGACGAGAAUGAUGCGCUGUAUGUGACUGCUGCCGUGAUUCUGGGUAUCAGCAUUCUUGGAUUUCUCUGUCAUGUUCCAAGAUGUGUCAGGGGCAUUUGGAAGAGGCUGAGCUUGGUGAAGUGGAACUGUUUCUGCCCGUCGGUCAGGGAUGAGUGUCUGUCGGAGCAAAUCUGCCAACAGAAGACGGCCUUGAGCCAGAAAUUUUCUUGGUACGCACGACUUUGGAGUACCUGCUGGACUGCUUGGAUCGUGGUCAACUACUGGACGAAGAGAAAUCAGUUGCUGAUGAAUGCCUCAGGUCAUUGGUUCGUGGUGAUUUUCCUGGCCCUGAUGCUGCUCCCUACGCACUUCCCGCGGAUUUUGCGGCGCUUUCACUUCUCGCUGGAUGUGAACUACAUCACGUGUCAACUCUUCGUGGCCAUGAUUUUGUCGCCCUGGACCUUUCAACCAGGAGCGAUCGAGGAAUUGGUGGUGGCCGGUACUGCGUUCGUGAUGUGUUCUUUGCCCUCCGCGGCCUUUGCCCUAAAUUCCGUCGUGGUUGUCACGUGUCAGACCUUCAUUUGGCUUCUCGUCGCCUGCCGUGCAUGGACGGAGGAGGCCAUGCAGUACCCCAUUCUCUUGACGCUCUUCGGCUUCUGGCACAUUCCUAUCGCACUGCUCGUGUUUCAACUCACAGAUACCUUGAUGUUACAAGAGGCCGAGUCCAAGAUUCGCGAACGGGACAGCAGGAUCCAAAUGAAUGCCGCCGACGCGCUCUUGCAGCUCACCUGCGAUGCUGUCUUGGAACUGGAUACUGAGCUGAGGCUGGUGGAGGACAACCCCAACUUGACCACCAUGCUGUUGGGUCGCCCUGGUGCCAGUCUCAAGGGCCGCAAGUUCAGUGACUUCAUCAGCAGCCGCGACCAGCGAAGGGCCACAGAGCUGCUACAGCAAGAUGCGCGGGCCAUUGCGUUUCAUACCAGGCUGGUGGAUAGCUACUCCAGCAAGUUCCGCACCGAAGUCUUUCAGGUGAAGUAUACCAAGAUGAAUGGCCAGAAGUGCCACCUUUUAGGUUUGCGUGACUUCACCGACGUCAAACCCUUGGCGGGGGACACCGCCACGGACGCCAUCCGCGACUCCGUGGCGCAGGCCCCGGUGCAACCACCGUUGCCGGCGCCGUUGCCGGGGCCCGCGCCGCCGGCGCAGUCGGCCUUGGCGCUGGCGGCGCUGCCGGGACUGAGACGGGGCUGGUCUCAUAGCUCGGACGCAUCGAACAACAGCUACGACAUGAUUCCCAUCUCGGAGCACUCCGCCGACAGCUGGGCGCCAGAGGACUCGCAGCGCACGCUGAACAGCGGCAUCGUGGAGAACCGUGUAAAGCUAAGCCACAAGGAAGCAUUCCUCGAAAUCAACCUUGACAAGGAGGUGAUCAGUGCUGCUUCCGCUCCCUUUGCUGCUCUUUCGGGCCAGUCCUUGACGGCUGUUUUUGCCACGGACUUUUCCUGUCAUUUGUUUCAUCGCAUGUGUAGCGACGCCCGCACCGCGCUGGAGCGUGCCGACAAAGGCGAGCGUGGUGAACGCGGCGAUAGCCGACACAUGGGGCUGGCGCGCUUCGCAAACCUGCCAGAUCAAGUGGUGGCAUUUCACAAAAUGCCCUUGUUUGUCUCCGGAACGUUAGUGGAGGCGAGCGGAAUAAUGAAGGCGUGUGCCACUUUUGAGGGCCACUUACGUGUUCAGAUGUGCUUCGUGGCCGACUCCUCGAAAUGGCGCGGCGAUGUUUGUAAGGCCUGCAAGUGCUCCAGUCAGUGGUCCCUGUGACGAUGUGACGGCGCAAGUGACGUACGUCUGAUUUUCGAUCACAUUUUCAGCACAUUUCGGCAACAAGCCUGGUGCAUGGCUGGCUAAGUGCCGGCAACAAGCCCGGUGAAUCGCUGGCUCAGUGCUGGUUGAACC